CAGAAGUUAUCUGGAACCAGCCCCUGUCUGUGGUGCUAUUUCUUUCUUGUCAGUUCCCCUUUCUGCAUUUGAGUUCUAGUCUCAGCCCUGACAUUAUUUCUUUCUCUACAAAGAGUGUUAGGAAGUUAUGGGGAGCUCACAAAGGCUCCUCAUCGUUUAUUCUUAACACCUUGUUUCUGUGUUCCUCGGGAAUGUCACUGAGCUUAUACAUCUGGUCUCUGGGAGCUGCAGUGGAUGGGCAUUUGUGACAGCACUAUGGGACUGAGUCACACUCUCCUUGUGAUGGCCCUCCUGCUCUCUGGUGUUUCUUCCAUGAAGAGUCAAGCAUAUUUCAACAAGACUGGAGAACUGCCAUGCCAUUUUACAAACUCUCAAAACAUAAGCCUGGAUGAGCUGGUAGUAUUUUGGCAGGACCAGGAUAAGCUGGUUCUGUAUGAGAUAUUCAGAGGCAAAGAGAACCCUCAAAAUGUUCAUCUCAAAUAUAAGGGCCGUACAAGCUUUGACAAGGACAACUGGACCCUGAGACUCCACAAUGUUCAGAUCAAGGACAAGGGCACAUAUCACUGUUUCAUUCAUUAUAAAGGGCCCAAAGGACUAGUUCCCAUGCACCAAAUGAGUUCUGACCUAUCAGUGCUUGCUAACUUCAGUCAACCUGAAAUAACAGUAACUUCUAAUAGAACAGAAAAUUCUGGCAUCAUAAAUUUGACCUGCUCAUCUAUACAAGGUUACCCAGAACCUAAGGAGAUGUAUUUUCAGCUAAACACUGAGAAUUCAACUACUAAGUAUGAUACUGUCAUGAAGAAAUCUCAAAAUAAUGUGACAGAACUGUACAACGUUUCUAUCAGCUUGCCUUUUUCAGUCCCUGAAGCACACAAUGUGAGCGUCUUUUGUGCCCUGAAACUGGAGACACUGGAGAUGCUGCUCUCCCUACCUUUCAAUAUAGAUGCACAACCUAAGGAUAAAGACCCUGAACAAGGCCACUUCCUCUGGAUUGCGGCUGUACUUGUAAUGUUUGUUGUUUUUUGUGGGAUGGUGUCCUUUAAAACACUAAGGAAAAGGAAGAAGAAGCAGCCUGGCCCCUCUCAUGAAUGUGAAACCAUCAAAGGGGAGAGAAAAGAGAGCAAACAGACCAAGGAAAGAGUACCAUACCACGUACCUGAGAGAUCUGAUGAAGCCCAGUGUGUUAACAUUUUGAAGACAGCCUCAGGCGACAAAAGUACUACACAUUUUUAAUUAAAGAAUAAAGUCCAUAUAACUGUCCAUUGUUUAUAUGCCUUUCCCUUCAAGUUUUGGGCUUACCUUUUUUUGUCUAUUAAUAUUAUUAUUACCAUUAAUAAUAGUGGAGGUUCCAGGACUCCAUCUGAGAAAGCCACCCUGUAAUGCCAGCUCUGCUCCCUACCUCAGGAGCAGACCUUAACUGCUUCUUUUCAUUUCAGAGCAAAUUUGUGCGCCAAGCUCACCUGACUGGCUCCUGGCUCAGGAAUAAUGUUUAAGACUAACACCUCCUGUUUCACAUUCAGCCUUCUUUUCUUAAUUUUAUAAAUUGCGUUUUAUGUAGAACUCCCAAUUACUGGAAUAAUGGCUUUUAUCUAUGAUAAUUCUAAGGUAGUGCCUCAUUCUAUCUUGUAUAUUUGUGACUGAAUAACUACCUCUUCAGUCUUGUGGGAGCUAUAUAUUUUAUGGCUUUUAUAGUAUUGCUAUUAAUAUCUUGAAACAUAAAGAGAUGUGUACUAUAAUAAUGUAAUUACUAUGCCCUGAGAAAAACACUGCUGAGGAGCUCUUGUCCCUCUGUGAAGAUCAGUAGGAAAAUGGUGGCUUGACGUGCUGACAAUGAUGAGCAGACCAACUCAAAAUUUGGAAAAUUAAGAACAAUGAAGAUGGAAUCAGCUCUGGAUCCUGGAUCCACUUCUAUCUGGGCCCUUGCUAACCUGAGAAGGAUCCGCCUGCGGAACAAGCUAUAGAUAAGCCUUAGCAGAGAACACUGGGUCAAGCACUGCGCAUUGUGAACCUACUUCUCUUCUUGAAAGAAAUGACUGAGAUGAUGAUCCAGGGCAACUAUGCAAGAGCCAACUGAGAGAUCACAACACUCAAAAGAGAAAAAAAAUGAAAGAUCUUGACAACAGAGAUGCACAUGAAUGUCCUGUCUGUCCAGUCCUCUGACAAACCUUGGGAUUAGCAACAGGUAGACAGUCUGUCCAAAAGGACUUAAGACAGACAGCAGCUUCCAUAGUGGUUGGUGAGAAGUUUGGAUAAUAAUCAAGUUAUUGUGAUGUUUCAUCUGGCUGCAGGCAGAGCAGGGGAGGAAGAGCUAUCAUCUUGAUAAUGGGAUAAAUGGAAGGAAGCUUAGGACUCUUUCAACUUACUUCUGAGACACAAAGAGCUAGAUUGGAAUCAGGAGGACCAAGAUGUAAAUCAUCUAGGGGCCAACUUUGCUGGCAGGUGCCCUAGGGAGAGAUCAGCUGGCCAAGAGCAGGGCUGGCAAAUUUAUAUCUGAGGACUGUCUAUAUGUCAUUAUAAAUGAUGGGGAAACUGGGUACACGAGAGGACUAUACUAGCCCAGUAGAGAUGAGUCAGAUGACCCUGGCUCUAAAGCAGCAUCACUAAGGGACGAGGCAGCCUCAGUCCAAACCAAGAGAGAACUUUGGGAGGCCCAACCCACAGAAAUAUUUCUUCUUAUUCUACAUAAAGGAAUCUAGAAGGUUGUAGACAGCUGUACUAGCCAUGCUUGUCCUUGUAAUAUUACCAUUUGUGUGUUCUUCCCUGCAUUUGCUUCAUUAGGCCAUAAGCAUCUUGUUGGUUUCUAACAUGUUUCGUAUAGUGAGUUCUUAAUAAAUUUUUCUUAAAUUGA